GAGGGUGAUUUCAUCAGGAACUGCUGGCGUUCAAGACAAAGAGAGAAGGCACUUCCUAUUUGUUGUAUAUGUCAACGUAUCUUGUUUCGGUACAAGAUCAGCAGAGAGUGGGCGGGGUCUGGAGGUGAUCGAGCUGUCAGUGCGCAGCGUCACUGCGGAUCUGCUGAAAUUUCUCCACUUCUGCAAAUGUCUUUCAGAUGUCGGUAAGCGAGGAGAUGGAAAACGCAGACCUGCUCGGUCUGAUCUUCCCGGACGGUGAACCGGGAUCCGGCGAUCUGUUCCUCAAAGAGGGGAAUAAUUUCCUGGAUGAUUUUUUUUCAGAGCAAGAUAUGCUGAGUGGAAUGGACACAGAGGACUUUCUCAGCAGUCUCCUGGGUGAGGAAGAUGACGGUGUGAUGGUCAACUGCAUGUCUCAGUCUCCUCACGGCAGUGACAGCGGGAUCUCAGAGGACACCACUCCACCACACUGCCAGAGUCCACAUGAUGGCAGCGAGACCGACACCGUGCCCAGUCCAGGCCAGGAGCCGCUGCUGUACUCAGAGUGUGUGACGGAGAGCUACGAGGCCCAGGUGGUGCAGACUGACCACUGCUACACCCUCCCACAGGACACCAACACCCUGCUGAGUGUCCGCUCCGAAAAUCCUGAGUCAGAUGUCUUCAUAGAUGUUGAUGAUUUGGAUGCUAGUAUGGAAGAUGAUGACUUCUCUCCUGAGCUGCCAUGUUCACUUACCAUUGAGGACUCCAUGCAGAGCAGCAAACUGGACAGCCAGUUCCAGUUCAAAGAGAUUGUUUUGACUGAUGAGGAAAAGAGACUUUUGGCGAAAGAAGGUGCGACUAUUCCAUCUCACAUGCCUCUUACAAAGGCAGAGGAACGGACCCUGAAGAGAGUGAGGAGAAAGAUCCGGAACAAACAAUCUGCUCAAGAGAGUCGCAAGAAGAAGAAAGUUUAUGUUGACGGCCUAGAGAACAGGGUUGCUGUCUGCACUGCUCACAACCAGGAAUUACAAAAGAAAGUUGAGAUGCUGCACAAACAGAACAUGUCCCUAAUUGAACAGCUAAGAAAACUGCAGGCUAUGGUAAAAAUGUCCACAAUGAAAACCACCACGACUAGCACUUGUAUUAUGGUGUUCCUGCUUUCUUUCUGCCUCAUUAUUUUCCCUUCAGUCAAUCCGUUUGGCAGCAGCGAUCAGAAAGACCUGUAUGCGUCAUCCACAGGAAUGUCCCGAGCCCUGCGAUCUUACCCAGCUAUUAAAAAGGACAACAUCAUAUCGACCUCUGCAAAAGAAGUGGUGGAUCAGGAUGUACUUCUGGUGGCCACAAUUGAGAAUAACCAGGCUCUUCUGUCGGCCGGUCAGAACCACACACCAGAUUACCAGCGGCUGGAGCAGUCCGACUCUGAGUCUGGAGUCAACAGCAACUCCUCCUCCGACUUCCCCGCUCCGCCACAGUCAGAUCUCAAAGCAGACGCCACUCUGUCCGAAUCUCACAGGAACUCUGGUGCACCACCGGUCAUCUAUGAUGGCCAGAGCAAAUCCAAGGAGAGCUGGAUGGAGCAGAAACCCACCUCAGUCAUAAUACAACAACACCGAUCUGAUGAAAUGUAGUAACAUGUCUAAAACAAAACAUGCGCUUCAAAAAGUGAACUGUUGGGUCGAAUUAGAAAAAAUAUAACUGGGUAAAAAUGCUUUAAAUUAAGUUGAAAUAACUUAAUUAUUUACCUCUUUUUUAAACUUAAUAGAUUACACUUUUUUAACUUAAUUUGUAAUAAUAAAUUAAGUUGAAUCGUUUUCUUAGAUGUAACCAGUUUAUCUGCCUGUUCACUUUUUUAAGUGUGCAUUGUUUUAGAUGAAAGAUCAAGUAUAGCCAUUUUUCUUCAUUGUAGCAUCGCAGUCUGACCAUUUUCCUUUAUUUUUAUCUGCUGUCAUGCUAUAAUAGCACUUUUUGAUACCUAGUCAUUUGAUUAUUAUUGGAUAUUAUUGUCCGUUUUAUGUACACAAAUGAUGAGUCUUCUUAAAAAGGAAACGUGAAGGAGUUUUAUUCUGCAUUGCGUCCACGUUGAGAUUUUGUAAAUUCUGGAAAUGUAUUCAUAUGUCUGUAUUACUAUUUUGGGGCAUCUAGCAAAUGAUUAUUUUCCCUUUUUUUUAAAGGGAACCGUAUGCUUAAAAGAGAUUCCACUACUGAAAAAAAUAGAGAUCAAUCUUAGUGAUUUAAGAGCGUAUUUAGAAAAGGGACUUGUAAUGUUUGUUUUCUGCUUGUGCAUUAUUUGUGAUUAGAAGAACCCUUUCUGUUAAAAUGCUGUAAAUCAAGCUUUAAAUGUACUUUUCAGAGGGGGGAUAGUGUUGCACAUAUCCAUGCAAUAAUAAUAGAAUGUUUAUGUCUACAUAUGUAUAUACUUAUGAAACAAAUGUCAUGAUCUGCUGUGUCAGUGAUGCAUUUUAUGUCAUUUUAUUGGUGUUGAUAUUUUGUCUGAUGAGACUUUUAUGUUAUUUCAUUUUUUUAUGAUUUAUUUUUAGUCUUCGGUCAUAUGAUGCACUGAUGUAUCUUGGAAUGUUCAUAAACCGUUCAUUUAUGUCAUGAUCAUGCUAUUCAUUAAAAAUGACCAGUUUACUAUAUAAAAAAA